AUGUAUUUACCAGGCUGCACGUUUUCGUCAAAGUCAGACUUUGGCUCCAUCGCUCCAUCGCUUUUAACGGAGCACAGCAGCGCUUCGGCGAGAGGACUGCAGGACUACCGGGGCUACAGCCACCCUGAGCCCGGACAGCAGCACCGUCCUCCGUGGAGAUGGAGCCUCCAGCAGGAGAACCGGCCCAACACCUCUGCGCCGCCGGUGGAAGCUGUUCAUCACGAGUACCAGGGCUUGGCGUCCUCACCAGAGACCUUAUUCACCGCAGGUAAAGAGGGUUUCCUGUACGGUGGAUCGGUUUACAGCGCAUCUGGUCCUCGUUUUCUCGCCGGAGACGCGCGGCGUUUCCCCGGCAGAUUCCCGGCGUUCAACCCGGACUCACAGCUCCUCUUCCCGGCAGGGAGGAGUAGAGUCCUGCCGCCGGUUUUCGACCAGUUUUUUGACUAUGCAGACAGAGGACUGGACCCGAACGCACAGGUUACACAUGGGAGCCAACAGCAGAAAGACGCGGAUGGAGUCGAGUGGAUGAGCUGUCGCACCGAGGAGAGGAGCAAGGUGAAGGCCGAGUCAGAGGCUCCUCAGGCCGGCAGGGAGGACGAGGAGGAUGCACCGUUAUCCAGCAGCAGCGCAGGAGACUGCAGCCAUGGCCCGACAGAGCCUUGUGUGAGGAGAAACAAGCGCUGUCCUUACUCCAGGCUGCAGAUCACAGAGCUGGAGAGAGAGUUUCUCUUCAACAUAUACAUCAACAAGGACAGACGCAUGCAGCUGUCCCGCCUUCUGCGCCUUACAGACCGACAGGUGAAAAUCUGGUUCCAGAACAGAAGAAUGAAAGAGAAGAAACUGAGAAGAGAGACUCUGCUGUACCACGCAGGAUAUCACCUGUUCUGAUGGACAAAGAAGUAAGAGACAGUCUUGGUCAUGCACAAACAGUGUGACAACUCCGCCGGAACACUAUCAUUCCAACUAUAUAUGCAACAACAAAUUAAAUCAAGGCACAAACAAAUAAAUGAACUGAAGUUCCUGCCAACAAAGGAG